CCUCUGCCGUGAGAGGAUGUGUUUGACGCGUCACAGACAAUAUUUUUAGAUAAAAAAAAAAUGUCGAAGUGCCUAUUAACCAAAUAGUGAUAAGUAACCAAUUUUUAGUGUAUUUUGUGAUGAACUGUUAUAAUUGUGAACUGAUUUAGGUAUACCAUCUCCCAUAAAUAAAUAAAAAACCCACUCAUUUCCUUCCUUCCAUCACAAACAAAACAAAAAUAAUCCUAAAAUAGUAAAAAAAAUAUAAAAUUCUUUCAAGCGGUUCUUUACGUUAACCCGUUCACUGCACACGGCUGAUAUCACGCGUGAUUGCUAUCACGGUGUUGUAAAUAUAAGGGGGUGGGUGUGAUCAUCAUCAGUGAUGGUGAUGGCCAGCGGUGGUGGCGGGCUGGUGCAAUCCCCGCCCGACAUGUUGCACCACCACAACAUCAUGGACACGUCGUCUCAUGUCGAGAUGAUGCCCAAAAAGCUCAGGCUGUCGCUGUGCGUGGGCUGUGGUGGUCAGAUCCACGACCAGUACAUCCUGCGAGUGGCGCCAGACCUGGAGUGGCACGCGGCCUGCCUGAAGUGCCAGGAGUGCCGGCAGUUCCUCGACGAGUCCUGCACGUGUUUUGUGCGGGAUGGCAAGACUUAUUGUAAACGAGAUUAUACUAGGCUAUUUGGUACUAAAUGCGACAAGUGUGGAGCGUCCUUUAGCAAAAACGACUUCGUGAUGCGAGCGAAGACGAAAAUCUACCACAUCGACUGCUUUAGGUGUUGUGCCUGCGCUAGACAACUAAUACCUGGUGAUGAAUUUGCGUUAAGGGAAGGCGGUGCUUUAUAUUGUAGAGAAGAUCACGACGUUUUAGAAAAAAGUGCAAACACGAGCGGCAGCAGUAGUGGCAAUGCAGAAAGCAAUAAUAACACAACACUUAGUAAUAACAAUUCACACCAUCCACACGAAUUGGGCUCUAUGUCAGAUUCGGGCAGCGAGUCGGGGUCUCACAAAAGCGGGCGAGCGCGAGCUGGGGCGGCGGCCGACGGCAAACCUACCAGGGUACGCACCGUCCUCAAUGAGAAACAGUUACACACGUUGAGAACCUGUUACGCAGCGAAUCCUCGCCCCGACGCGCUUAUGAAAGAACAAUUAGUAGAAAUGACUGGUCUCAGUCCAAGAGUCAUCAGGGUAUGGUUUCAAAACAAAAGGUGCAAAGAUAAGAAGAAGACUAUCCAGUUGAAAAUGCAAAUGCAACAGGAAAAGGAAGGUCGUCGACUGGGGUAUAUGUCCAUGGGCGUGCCGCUAGUGGCGGGGUCGCCGGUGCGGCACGAGGCGGGCGGCUCGCUGGCGCUGGAGGUGACGGCGUACCAGCCGCCGUGGAAGGCGCUGAGCGACUUCGCGCUGCACGCCGACCUCGACCGCGCGCCGCAGCACAGCGCCGCCUUCCAGCAGCUCGUCAACCAGAUGCAUGGUUACGACAUACCCUCCCUCCCCCCGCCCCGGCCAGCUCACGGCGGCGAAGACAACUACGUCACCUACCUCGAGAGCGACGACAGCCUGCCCCCGUCGCCCUAGUGCCGUCUCUCUUAACACCCUCCGAGAGAGAGUGAUAGAUAUAGACUUUUCUUCUGACAAUCAAAGUUACGAGUAUAUCAAGAUUAUUAUCCAAAUUAGCUACAAUUCUUAACAUAAUAAAAAGUGAUAUGUGAUUCUCGAUUGCAUAAAGCACCUUCGGAUAUCGCCUUACUUAUAAUAAUUUAUGUAUAAUAAGUAUUUCUAAAGUACUUAAGGUUUUCAAGUAUUAUUACAACAUAUGUAUGAAAAUUGCUGUAUACAUUGUAUGAUAACUAUUAAACUAAUUUAUUAGUGAAAGCCAACUAUCUCAUAAUUGAAUCGUUAUAAUUUAAUCUUAACUAACUAUCUCGAAAUCGUAUAAAAUAUUCGUUACAAUGCCUAUGAUGUAUUUAAAUUACGAGUAGUCAGUCGUCGUCUAACUUUUUCGGUUUGGUUUUUACUAAAAUGAGUAACUACCUACUAUGUUUGUUGAUAUUAGGUCGGUGAGCGAAUGUUUUGACCGUAUUUAGACAAAACAAUAAACAGCAAUUUUCUUAUAAUAUAAGUAGCCUUGUGAAAAUAAAUUUCUACUAUGAUGAAUGGGAUUAAAAUAUUAAAAUAUGAAUAUCAUGGGUCAGUGCAAAAAAAUUGUUUUAGCGUGAGAUGGACUUGCCAGGUUUUACGUAUGUGAAGCUUACUGUAAAUGACUUUAGGUAUUAAUAUUUGAAGCUACAUAGCUAGUCUUCAAUAUAUUUUGCCUCUUACAGAAGAGGCUUGUUUUAUCUUUUCAACCAAUUUGUAUCACCACUUACCACCCGAUGAGAUUGCAGUUACGGGCUUCGGAAAAAAGGCAAAUUUUGUAAUUUUUUAUACAAAUGGUGAAAAGAUCUAACAAAGAAUCGACAAACCCGUUCUUUUAACAACGUACCUAACAACAAAUGUAAGUAAAUGUACAUAUUUAUGAUUCAAUGUGAUGUUUACCACUAGUUUUACUUUAAUUUAACAUAUUUACCAUUUAUUUUAUUUAAUGUAUUGAUAUAUAUCGGUACUUUAUUAUUUUAAUAUGGAGAUCUGUAUUCUGUUAGCUAUCAGCGCAAUGUACAUAUAGGUUGUGUAAAUAAUUUGUAUAAACUUAAAUAAUAUAAUACCUAAGUGUAUUUUAGAUAGAAUUAUGUACUUCCCUAAGUCUUAUUGCUUAAUGCACAUAAACCAAAACCGUUUUGACUACCUACCUAAUAAUAAUAAAAUAAGGAAACGUUACGUCCUACGUUAGCCUGUGAGUUUUUCUGUUUGAAAGCAUCCCGUUUUAAUUAUUAUGCUCUAACUGCGCUUGAAAUGGAAGGGGGCAAGACGGCAUACUUAAGUUUGAAGCUCAGUAAAACUAAAAUAAUAUAAUACUUACCACUUCCUGGUAUAGAAGGAUCAAUCCGCAAAGACCUUUAAAUCAAUUUCGACUUGUUAUGACGCAAUAAAAUGCUAUUCAGCUCCCAUAGCGCUGCAGCCUAAAAUUUUAUAAAUGCCUCUCUUUCUAUGCGUAAACUCUCAACUUACACUUUCUUAUGAGUUACCCACCUGCGCUAAAGCUGUCUAAUGGAUAGGAAUAUUGCUCCGCCAGGUAGAUAUUUCUCGGAUCACGUGACUAAGUACGUCCGGCCUACUAAACACUAAUUAAUGAAUUAACAUAAAUACCUAUCACAUUUUAAUUAGAGUUCUGUAGAUAUACAAUGAACGUUUAUAGUUGCGUCUAGAUAUCUGUCUGUGUGCGUAGCUAUCUUAAAAAAAAGAGCUGUUAGGUUGAAAUAUUACAGUACAGUUAUAGAAACUUAUUACCGCUACGCAUGAUUAAAUUUAGAAAGAAAAAAACUAAAAGGACUGGGCCUUCAUCAUUUCCACUAUACCGUCUUGUCCUUCCUACCUUAAAAUGUGUGCGCUUGGAUUCUUAAUAAACUGAAGAAAAGCAACGCUUAAAAUAGGUACCAACAUUGCAAUUUAUUAAAUUGAAAGUACCUAGGCUUACUUAUAUUGUUUAUUACAAUACAAUAUUUUUAGCAUCGUCAAAAAAAUGAGGAAGGCGAUGUAUGUGCAGUUUUAUUAUACCUACUUACCUACUUGUUGGUAGGACGUAACUUAAUCGCAUUAUUAAAAGUAAUUUUAAUAAGUUUUAUAUUCGUACAAUACGUGAGAUUAUUUUAACGCCUUUUAUUAAUAAAAUGUAAAUAUUGUAGUCUGUGAUUCUUGUCAGAGAUUGAUAAAGCAGGCGUAGGUAGGUAUCUACUAGGUACAGCAGUCCAAACACAAUUAGUGCAAACGUUUUCUCGCGACUUUUUGCAUCGAUAAAGCGUUACAAAAACUGCGAGAUUGCCUUGUCGCAUUGAUUGUGCUUGGAUGGUCACUGGCCGGGCCACCAGUCUGAAUUACUCUGAGACGAAAACCUAAUAAAGUAUUAUUUUGAUGCUGUUUUUGUUACUAAAAUAUCUAGGUACCUAGUAAUACCUAUCCUGGGUUCGUCACUUUUUUAUUAUUCUGUUGUAUAAAUAAAAGGGAUGUUAAACUAAUCUUUCCGAUAGAGAUUACCAGACAUUUAAUUUAUUCUGUAGUUAAAACUAUACACUACCUACUUAGAUUGUGAGAAUAAUAUUAUUAAUAAAACAUUGAGUACCUAA